UACUCAAUGGUGACGGACCCUGGUCCUGUACAAAUACCUAAAGGAAAAGUAAUUGGAAGACGUUGGCGCAUACUGAAGAAACUUGGAGAAGGUGGUUGCGGUGCAGUGUAUAGAGUAGAAGAUAUCAACACAAAGCAGCUGGCAGCUCUGAAAGCCGAGUCAAACUUUGUAUCCGGUGGCAGCGUUUUAAAACUCGAGGUACAGAUACUUCGGCGACUGGGUAAUAAGCCCUAUGUAGCUCAACUGAUCCAAUCAGGAAAACGAGAGCUGUAUUGUUACAUGGUCAUGACUCUUCUUGGCGAAAGCUUGAGGCACAUUUCAAAGCGUAUUGGUAAGAUCUUCAGCGUUUCCACGCAAGUAAGAAUUGGUAUAAAUACAUUAUUUGCUCUGAAGCAAAUACAUGAUAUUGGAUUUGUUCACCGAGAUGUAAAGCCUGCAAACCUAGCUCUUGGAAGGAGUGGCACUCGUGAGCACAAGUUCAUACACUUACUAGACUUCGGAUUAGCUAGAGAAUUUAUCGUGAAUUCUGAAGGAAAAAUCAAAAUGAGGAGACCACGGCAAAGGGCUCUGUUUCGGGGAACAACAAGAUACUGCUCAAUAAACACACAUGAAAAGUGCGAGCAAGGACGAGUAGAUGACCUAUGGUGCUUGCUGUACAUGCUAGCUGAGCUACGUGGACCUCUUCCAUGGGCGAAUGCUAGUGAUAAAAAAGAAGUCCAUGAAAUAAAGCAGAAUACAGAUAUAGAGAUUGUGUUGGAGAACUGUCCAGUGCAAUUGGUAAAGUUUGCCGAACACCUGAGCACACUGAACUACUACUCCCGUCCUGAUUAUCUGCAUUUAUACACUCUGCUGGCUGAUAUCAUGAAAGCAGGCAGGUUCAGAUAUUCGGAUCCAUAUGAUUGGGAGAUGUUGAAAGCUGAAUCACGAGAAGAAUCGAAAGAAUCGAAGGAAAAGACUAGCGUUUUAUCAGUGGCAACAACGGAGAAAGGAACAGUCCUGUCACAAAGGAGUACCCAAUCUGCUCCUCCACAGAUAUGCGAAUCAAUCUACCAGCAAAUCAACGAGCAAAAUCCGUUUCCGAAAGACUUCUUUGCGUGGAAUCCAUUAGGCAUAUGAUGCUUUUUAAUUCAAUCCUGAAAUCUCAAAAAACAGAAAGUUUACAGCGUUAUAUAUGUGAAAUACGAAAUUCAUCCAUUAAAAUAUUUAAUUUUUAUCACUCG